UCAUUUCCCAUGAUGCUUUGCGCGGGUGAAGCAGUCCAUGUGCAGCAGUGUGGACAGUGUGCGCAUGCAUGGCAGAGAUAGAAGCAUGGCGGGGCUCGUCCUCUUGAAGACACGUUAUUAAUUCCGAGUCAACACGAGCUCAAUGCUGUAAGUGGUUAGGACAUUGAGGAAGAGAUGAUGCAGCGUGUGCUGUGUCCUGCAGCUGUCUCGCUGCACUCUGUGUGCCAGAACCUUAAUAUGAGGGACCUGAGUGUUGGCACACAGAUCCUUCAUAUACAUCGCAUUACUGUACGCUACUUCAGCUCCUCCUGCAUCACCAGAAACUCAGAGUCCCACAGGACACGUCCUGAGGUUCAAACAGCUGCACAGAGACAGGAGAGAAGCCAGGGAGAGACAGUAGCCCCACCACAGAGCACCGGAGACCUUGAUCCACUGCAGGACAAGUCCAUUGGCCUCUAUCAGAGGUUUAAGAAGACUUUUAAACAGUAUGGCAAAGUGAUGGUGCCAGUGCAUCUUGUCACUUCCACUGUGUGGCUUGGGACCUUUUAUUAUGCAGCCAUGAAAGGCGUGAACUUGGUGCCGUUUCUGGAGUACAUUGGCUUACCGGACAGGCUGGUGGGAAUUCUGCGAGACUCUCAGGGUGGAUAUGCCCUAACAGCCUAUGCAAUGUAUAAGCUUGCUACGCCAGCCAGGUACACGGUGACGAUGGGUGGCACGUCUCUCACGGUGCAGUAUCUCCGCAAACACGGUUAUUUCUCCACACCUCCUCCGGUCACAGAGUAUCUACAAGACAAAAUGGAAGAGACCAGAGAGAAACUCUCUGAGAAGAUGGAGGAGACAAAAGAACGAUUUUCAGAGAAAAUGGAGGAAACUAAAGAGCUCCUGUCAGAACGCAUGGAAGAGACUAAAGAGCGGCUCGCUGAAAAAAUGGAGGAGACAAAAGACAAGCUGGCUGAGAAACUGCAGGAGACCAAAGACACAGUUUCUUUACGGAAGAAAACGGAUUAACAGAAAAAUGCUGAAUCUCGCAGGGUUGUAAAAUUCUACAGUAAUUUCUAAACUGUAUAAAUGUGUUAUGUGUAUCUCAAACUUCCUGCCCUAGCACAAAUUGAUUUGAUCUAAAGGACCUGAAUCCUCAUUUAUUUUUAUCAUUAAUUAAUGAAACUUAGAAACUUGAACAUGUACCUAAAUAAUGGUGAUUUCUGCCACUGUGUUUAUGUUCAUAGCUGAACAGAGAAAAGAGGUUAGUCAGAAAACAGCACACCUACAAGAAAAUCCUAGCAAGCAGACAGAAAAAUGAAAUAUUGCCACAAAAACAGUGAGGGAAAGGUCUGCGCAUUUAUUAACCAGCAUCUCCAUUUUUUAACCAACCAAAGAGACAACAUUCACUCAUUCGCAGUUUGGGGGUUUGAUUCCUGCCUCUUCUGUGUGUGAAGUUUGCAUGCUCUCCCUGUGCCAGAGGGGUUUCCUCUGUGUACUCCAGUUUCCUUUAACAGUCCAAAGACAUACAGUGUAGGCUGAUUGGUAUCUAAAAUGUAUGUGUGCAGUUGUGUCCUGUGAUAGGCAGCCAUCCUGUCCAGGGUAUUAUACUCACCCUGCCUUAUGCCCCAAGUCUCCAGGGGUAGGUAAGCAGUGUAAUGAAUAAAUGGAUGGAUUUUUCACAUAACUAUAAUAUUCAAAAAUGUUCAGGUACAAAAUUGGACCUUUUGAGACAACAUAAUUUUAUACUUAUAGGCAGAUUGAAAGUAAACCACACAAGUACCUUUUCCCAUGAUGUGUCCUAAGGGUAUUAAAGGAGAUAUAAAGUACGAUGCUGCUUUUAUUUUUGUGUGUGUAGAUAUUUGACACAAACGGAGUUGUAAUCACUACUAGAAGCACCAAGUAGACACUGACACGUAUGUAGACUUAUAACUCCGAGGUCAGGCAGACUCUGACUGAGCAGGGGACUGUAUGAGGAGUGCACUUGGUUUGGAAUGAAAAUGAACUAGACUAGGACUACAGUAAAGUACAAUGGUGGAGUGAGGUUUAAAGCACUUGUUUAGCCCAGUGCCAAAACAUAAAAACAGCAAAAUGACAAGAAUAAUUGGGAAAUGGUGCCACCAUGUUUGACAGAUUUCAGUGUAAUAUUCCUACAAAUGAUCAAGUUCAGUGAACGCAAACAAACCCUUCAUUUCAUCCAGCACUUUUCUUCCUCUGUACAUGCUGCAUGGCACCUGUCAACUUCUCCAUAUAGUAGGAAACACCUCAGCUGGUGUGCAGACCGUAUUUUGUUUACGCCGUAUUUUAUAGAACGUACAUGUAGAACGCAACACGGUGCGUCUACACGGCGGCUCAAAAAAUAAAUAAAACAAGCUGGACAGGUGCUCUUUACAUGAAAAGGGUCUCACUUUAUCAAAUAUAUUAUGAUGGCACAAUUCAAGCUUGAAAUAGCAAUAAUCAUUCUGCAAAAGUUGUUGAAUUUAGAAAUUGUGUGAGAAUUUAUUUCUGCUCAAAGAGCAAAUCAAGAUAUUUAAUGAUUAGUAAAAAGCUGUAAUGUUUGUAUUAGAAGUUAUGUGUGUAUUAAUGCAGGUGAAGCAAGUACAAGGGAAUCAUCUAAAGCCAUAAGUGUGUGUUUGAUUUUAUCUGUAUAAUGAAUCAAGAUUUUCACUAUUUUAUGAUUGGGAAGAAUGACUAACCAGUCUUGUAAUAAACACCUUUUGUUCA